AUGUGCGAUUUGACGUCUUUUGACAAGAAUGGCGCUCUCAUGGUCCGACGGGACAAGGACGGCGCGCUCGGCUUCGCUGACGAGAUCUUGGUGACCAGAGGAUUCCUGGACGACAAGCAGGCUGCGCUCAUGGACCUCGAGCGCCAGGUUGAGGAGCUGACCAGCCGCAUCGACUUCCAGCUCAGGCACCGGGACAGCUACCACAAGGAGAAGAUGGCGGAGCUGCAGGAGAAGUACAGCGAGGAGAUCGAGACCGAGCGGCGGAAGUUCGAGGCUUCGGGGGUGAACAGGCGAGAUGGAGCUCGAGUACGAGGACAAGAUACGGGCUUUGGACGAGUCGCACAGCAGGCAGACACAGGAGCUGGAGCGGUCCUUUCAGCAGAAGAUGCUUGUAGAGGUGCAGCGCUUCCGCAAGCUCGAGACGGACCUGGACCGCGAGAAGCACGAGUGGGAGGCGCAGCACGCGCAGCUGCUGAAGGAGCACAGCAGCAUCGCGCAGAGCAUGAAGCAGGACUUCGAGAAGCAGAAGAGCCAGGACAGCGACCAGCAGGACCGCAUCAUCAAGGAGAAGGACCUGGCCCUCAAGCAGCACCAGGA